CUCUCCUCGCCACCUCUAUGUUGUGACUCUUUCCGCGGGCACGGGCUGCGGAGUUACGGUGAAAGGGAAGCCUGAGCCUGCGUGUCUUUGUGCCGGCCGGCCGGUCGGUCGCUGGCAGGGGCGGGGGCGCGACGCUGGUGGCAUCGCGGACGCGGAGCAGUGCCGCUCAGGUGGAGUCCGCAGCUCCUGUGCCUUCGGCAGGAGGAAGAUAAAGCUGCUGUGGGCGGGGGCCGCUUCGGCUCUUUCGUGCUCGGCGGUGGCUACGGAUCGGGUCUCCAUGUCGGACAACCAGAGCUGGACAAGUUGUGCGGACAACCAGUCCUCCGGCUCUGAGGAGGACCCUGAGACCGAGCUGCAGGUUGAGUUCUGCGGGGUGCUCAGCAAGUGGACCAACUACAUUCAUGGAUGGCAGGAUCGAUGGGUAGUUCUGAAAAGUAGCACACUCAGUUAUUACAAGUCUGAAGAUGAAAAGGAGUAUGGCUGUAGAGGUUCCAUCUGUCUGAGCAAAGCUGUGAUUACACCCCAUGACUUUGACGAAUGCAGAUUUGAUAUUAGUGUAAAUGAUAGUGUUUGGUACCUCCGAGCUCAGGACCCAGACCACAGACAGCAGUGGAUAGAUGCAAUAGAACAACACAAGACUGAAUCUGGCUAUGGAUCAGAGUCAAGCUUACGACGCCAUGGCUCCAUGGUGUCUCUUGUUUCUGGAGCAAGUGGAUACUCUGCAACAUCCACCUCUUCAUUCAAGAAGGGCCAUAGCUUACGUGAGAAGCUUGCAGAAAUGGAAACCUUCAGAGACAUCUUGUGUAGACAAGUUGAUACUUUACAGAAAUACUUUGAUGACUGUGCAGAUGCAGUUUCCAAAGAUGAACUCCAGAGGGAUAAAGUGGUAGAAGAUGAUGAAGAUGAUUUUCCUACUGUGCGUUCUGAUGGGGAUUUUGUACAUAACAGUAACAGCAGUAAGGAAAAAUUGUUCCCACAUGUAACACCGAAAGGAAUUAAUGGCAUAGACUUUAAAGGGGAAGCUAUAACUUUCAAGGCAACCACUGCUGGAAUCCUUGCUACGCUCUCUCAUUGUAUUGAACUUAUGGUAAAAUGUGAAGAAAGCUGGCAAAAAAAGCUGGACAAGGAGUCAGAGAAGAGGAGGAGAAUUGAAGAAGCAUACAAAAAUGCUGUGACAGAACUGAAGAAAAAGUCCCACUUUGGAGGGCCAGACUAUGAGGAAGGUCCUAAUAGCCUGAUUAAUGAAGAGGAGUUCUUUGAUGCUGUUGAAGCUGCUCUCGAUAGACAGGAUAAAAUGGAAGAACAGUCCCAAAGUGAAAAGGUUAGAUUACACUGGCCAACAUCCUUACCUUCUGGAGAUGCAUAUUCUGCUGUGGGGACUCAUCGAUUUGUUCAAAUGCCCUAUAGUCGCUCUUCCUCCAUGUCUUCCAUUGAUCUAGUCAGUGCCUCUGAUGAUGUUCACAGAUUCAGCGCCCAGGUGGAAGAGAUGGUACAAAACCAUAUGACAUAUUCCUUGCAAGAUGUAGGAGGAGAUGCCAAUUGGCAACUAGUGGUAGAGGAAGGAGAAAUGAAGGUAUACAGAAGAGAGGUGGAAGAGAAUGGAAUAGUUUUAGAUCCUUUGAAAGCAACCCAUGCUGUUAAAGGAGUAACAGGGCAUGAAGUCUGCCACUACUUCUGGAAUGUUGAUGUUCGUAAUGACUGGGAAACAACAAUUGAAAAUUUCCAUGUUGUGGAAAAUUUAGCUGAUAAUGCAAUCAUCAUUUACCAGACACAUAAGAGAGUGUGGCCAGCUUCUCAAAGGGAUGUGCUGUAUUUGUCUGCCAUCAGAAAGAUACCAGCAUUCAGUGAAAAUGAUCCUGAAACCUGGAUUGUGUGCAAUUUCUCUGUAGAACAUGAUAGUGCUCCUCUGAAUAAUCGCUGUGUCCGUGCCAAAAUAAAUAUUGCUAUGAUUUGUCAGACAUUAGUAAGCCCACCAGAGGGGAACAAGGAAAUAAGCAGGGACAACAUCCUAUGCAAGAUUACAUAUGUAGCUAAUGUGAAUCCAGGAGGAUGGGCACCAGCAUCAGUUUUACGGGCAGUGGCAAAACGAGAAUAUCCAAAAUUCUUGAAGCGUUUCACAUCCUAUGUGCAGGAGAAAACAGCAGGAAAGCCUAUUUUAUUCUAGUUUUAGCAGCAAUUGGAACAAGACUGAGUGAGCAUUCCGUGUUGGAGAAGUGACCAUACAUAGAGCACUCCAUGCUGGAAAGAAGGAUCUACAGUCUUUUUAUGGCCCAAGUUCUAGGCUUUAUAUACUGAAGUGAAGAACGUGUUGCAACACCAUGAAGCUGAAUAUUUAACACUAGCUCUCUCCUUCUAACUUUUCUUGCUGAAUCAGUGUGCAAUUAUAAAUACAUGUAUUGAUAACAUGUAUAUGGCUCUACUUUGAUUUGCUUGCUUUAGAAGAGGAAGAAUGCAUACAGCUUUGAAUCUCCAAUGUUACUGCUUUAAUUUUAAAUAAGUUGCAGGAUUUCACUGUCAACCUUCCUAAGAUACUCACACAGUUUUUGUGCAUGUCUAAAAAGCACAAAAGGCAAAUGCACAUAUAGCAUACUGUAUGUGGUGUUUCUGGGGGGAGGGAGGGACUUCAGUAAGGCCUAGGUGACUUAUUGAUAGGUUUUGUUUUGCUUUGUAUAAUCACAUUUCAUUGCUGCUGGUUUCUAUACUGAAUCACCUUGUCACAUAAAAUGUCAGUUAAUAACUGAGGGCUGUCAAUAUCCUUAUGACUUUGCCUUUUCUAUUGUCUUACUCUUAUGACGAUCUGGUUCUGAAGGAGUAAGAGUGUGAAAAGCUUUAUUUUUUUUCAAGAUAUCUUUAUAUUUCUAUUGUAUUUUUUAGUUAUAUAAUAUGUGCUACAGAAUUUUUGUUAUUAAACACAAUCCAGAAAUAUCUAGGAAGAUUCCCUGUGAAAUGGCAAGAGACUUGCCUGAGAGCUAGAAGUCAUCUGUCCAUGAUGUAUGUGGACUUCUUUCUUGCAUGAUACCCAGGGCUUUCCUGAAGCUGUGAGAAGGUACACUAUGAUAUUUAUUGAAGUAAUUUGGACUACAUAAGACAAUAUUACCAGACUAGAAUGAGGAUGAGUACAUUAUUUUCAGAUCCUGCAUAUGUUUUCCUUAUCUUAAUAAAGCCAUGCUUUGAGGUUCAUGUAGAAAAUUAUUUCUCUCUUGAUUGAAAUCCAUCAGAGCUAUAAGGAUGCAUAGUUCUUAUCAGAAAUUUCCCUUUAGUUGCUGUGAGAAUUUAAAUGUCAGAUAUUUGCCUUUGAUUCUGGAGAUAUGCUUAUUAGGAGAGGACUAUGGCAGCCUCGUACUGACUUUGAGGUCUCUCAUCUGUGUCCAGUAGUUGGAAACUCUAUAGAGACUGCUUGGCAUUUCACUAACCUGUGUAUCUUGAGAAAAAAGUUUCAGAUUUUUUUUUUCCCCAUAAGGAAGCUGAAAGUCUCAUUUGGAAUAGUAUGGUAGGUGCCUGAAAAUAUAUAUAAUAUCUUAAUGAAGAUUUGGUAAAAGAUUACGUGUGAUCUGCACAGUGUUGAAAAACUUUGUUCAUCUUCUCUGUAGAGAGGAAAUCAUAUAUAACACAUGAUUACACAUGCAUGCAGAUUUCAUGCUCCAUAACUCUUCCCUUUUUAUUUGCCUUUCUCUAAUGGUGUGCAUGGAAUAUGCCUUAUUACAGAAUUACUCUGUUAAUUUGAAUAUGUAGAAAAGUGCCUAUAUGGUAAUGCUGGUAAGGCAAAUAAGAUGAAAAUUUGUACAAGUUUACUAUAUCAUCAGUGAGCAUUUUAUAUGGAGAU